CAAGCCAUCUACUAUGAUCUUGUGAAUUAUUGCACAGAGAACAGAAAACUAACCUAUUCUCUCAUUUGUGUCCUCAAAGAUAACAUUGAAAAGCGAAAAAUUAUCCUACAUUAUUGACACGGUGUUUGAAUCAAUUUACCAAAUAAACUACUGAUGUGUUGUGGCGUGUGAUUCGCAAAAACCUAACGUUUCCAUAGGUAGCUCUAGAUAGCUCGAAUCGCAACAAUGCCAAAAUCCGGCAGGUAAUGUCUUCGUUUAGAUUUAGUAUACGUUACAACGAAGGUGAAAUCACUCGUUGAUUAUAACACUUACGAACAAAGUACCGCGGCAAAAUGAAGACAGCUUUGAUGGUAGCUGAAAAACCUUCUUUGGCGGCAUCCCUAGCCAAUAUAUUGAGCAAUGGACGAUGUACUACUAGAAAAGAAAAUGGACAAGAAGAAUAAUAAAAUACAAUCAAAUUAUAAGUUUAGUAGUUGGCUAUACUUUUAGUUACUGCAUGUAUUUUCAUUUUUCAACUUUUGGCAUAUUAUGGCUUCUUAAAAAAAAUUGAUGCUAGAUAGAGAAAGGUUUACAUUGAAUACCUUUUGUUCUUUCCAAUCCUUUGUACUUCUCAACUUCUACAAAGGCUGAACAAUUUUCAAGUACUUUUGAGUAUGCCAUAUCCCCAUGCGGUAAAUGAGAAUUAAAUUUAAUCGGAUGAUGAAGCUAAUCAGACUUGGUUUGAACGGCUCCUGUUCCGUCCAUGAAUGGGUAGGUCAAUUCAGAUCCGAGACUGUAAAUUUAAAAAUGACUUCCGUAUGUGGACACGUUAUGACAUUGGAUUUUAUUGGAAAAUAUAACAAUUGGGACAAAGUGGAUCCAGCAGAAUUAUUCUCCUGUUCAACUGAGAAAAAGGAAGCGGUACCAAAAUUAAAAAUACCAUAUUUUUUGGCCAAAGAAGGAGCGCAUUGCGAUUAUUUAGUAUUAUGGUUAGAUUGUGACAAAGAGGGUGAAAAUAUUUGUUUUGAAGUUAUCAAUGCGGUGCAGCAGGGAAUGCACAGGAAAUUACAUAUAAAUGAUAUAUGGCGAGCGCGAUUUUCUGCCAUUACUGAAAAAGAUAUAAAAGCUGCUUUGGCCAAUCUGAUAAAACCCAAUGAAAAUGAAGCCAAAAGCGUUGAUGCUCGUCAGGAGCUGGAUUUGCGAAUAGGCUGUGCAUUUACAAGAUAUCAAACUAAAUUUUUUCAGGGCAAAUAUGGAGAUUUAGAUGUAUCUCUUAUUUCUUAUGGUCCAUGUCAAACGCCUACGUUAGGAUUCUGUGUACAGAGACACGAUGAAAUUCAAACCUUUAAACCAGAUCCAUAUUGGGUAUUGCAAGUAACUGUCAAGUCUUCCGAUGGUCAAGAUAUCGUAUUAAGUUGGGGUCGAGUACGUUCUUUCGACAAAGAAGUUGCAAAUAUGUUUUUAAGCCAUGUUAAAGAGCACGAUCAAGCAACUGUAGUCAGCGUACAAAGUACGGAAAAGUCCAAAUCUCGACCUAUAGCAUUAAAUACAGUGGAGUUGAUGAGAGUCGCGAGUUCUGGUUUAGGAAUGGGUCCACAACACGCUAUGCAAAUUGCAGAAAGACUCUAUACUCAAGGAUACAUAAGUUAUCCUCGGACGGAGACAACUUCAUAUCCUGAAAAUUUUGAUCUGCUUUCAACGCUAAAACAACAGCAAAAUAGCCCGGAAUGGGGCGAGGAAGUUCGUCAGAUAAUAGGGACUGGAAUCAACAGACCAAAAAAAGGCCAUGACGCGGGCGAUCAUCCACCUAUAACACCUAUGAAACAUGCAACCAGAAACGAGCUCGACGGCGAUUCGUGGAGAUUGUACGAUUAUAUAACGCGACAUUUCAUCGCUACGCUGGCACGGGAUUGUAGAUAUUUGAGUACCACAGUAAAAUUUGAGAUAGGCAUGGAAAUAUUCACAACUACUGGUCAUAGCCUGUUAAGUCCUGGUUACACGAGUAUUCUCACUUGGCAGGCACUUGGUAGUAGUGAUACUCUGCCGAAAUUUACACCCGAUGAGAAAGUAAACAUUCAAGAGGCAAAAUUAGUUGAAUGUUACACACAACCACCAGAUUAUUUAACAGAGGCAGAAUUAAUAUCUCUCAUGGAAAAACAUGGCAUCGGGACAGACGCUUCGAUUCCUGUGCAUAUAAAUAAUAUCUGCAUUAGAAAUUACGUUACUGUUGCAGCAGGCAGAAAAUUAAUACCUACAUCUCUUGGGAUCGUUUUAGUCCAUGGAUACCAAAAGAUAGAUCCCGAAUUAGUUUUGCCUACAAUGAGAUCUGCAGUGGAAGAACAAUUAAAUCUAAUAGCAUUAGGUCGAGCUGAUUUUUAUGCUGUGUUACAACAUACUGUAGAAAUUUUUAAACAAAAAUUUCAUUAUUUUGUACAAAGUAUAGAAGCUAUGGAUCAGUUGUUUGAAGUCUCGUUCUCACCAUUAUCGGCAUCUGGCAAGGCACAUUCUAGAUGCGGUAAAUGUCGUCGAUACAUGAAAUACAUACAAACCAAGCCAUCUAGAAUGCAUUGCGCACAUUGUAAUGAAACGUACAAUUUACCACAAAAUGGAAACAUACGAAUAUAUAAAGAAUUGAAAUGUCCAUUGGACGACUUUGAAUUACUUUCAUGGUCGACUGGAACGCGAGGAAAAAGUUAUACAUUUUGUCCGUACUGUUACAAUAAUCCGCCAUUCAGGGAUAUGAAAAAGGGAAUGAGUGGUUGUAAUUCAUGCACGCAUCCGACAUGUCCGCACGGUAUGAAUUCAAAUGGUUUGUCCAGCUGUUUGGAAUGCGAUCUAGGUAUACUUGUACUCGAUCCUUCGGCUGCACCUAAAUGGAAAUUGGGAUGUAAUCGUUGCGACGUUAUUAUUCAUCUAUUUGAGAAUGCGCAUAAAGUAACAGUUGAUACAGAUACAUGUGAUUGCGGCGCACAAUUAGUAACCGUCGAAUACAAACAGGAUAAAAGCAAACUCCCUAACGAAGUGACCGAGAUGUCUGGCUGUGUGUUUUGCACUGCAGCUUUCGUUGCGUUAGUAGAAAAACAUCGUGCAGUAGCUUCGAAACCAGUCAUCACUCGUGGCCGAGGUCAUGCUAAGAGCCGUAAUCGAGGCAAACCUAAACCACCAAAGGACAAAAUGGCACAAUUGGCAGCAUAUUUUGUAUAAUAAAUUGUUUAUUCCAUACAAUAUAAAGCCAUGUGUAUCUCGUCAUUGUUUUUCAGUGAGUUUCUAAAUAUCGUCCUGAAUUUCACAGUAUUUUACGACGCAUGAAAAUCACAAUAAUCAUGUCAUCUCCUCUAUUAUAUGUAUAAUGGAAUUAUACUUGUAUAUUAAUUAUAAUUAAUACAUUUUGUAGAACAUUACGUUUUAUUAAACAAACUCGCCUAGUUCUGACUAAAAUCCUAA